UUGUUCUGGAAAUCAAAAAUAGUUAAAAUAACACUUAAAAUUAAUAAAGAAAAGUCAAUCAUGGAAAUUGUGGACCUAUCCAAUGUGACUCAAUGUUCGCUGCCCAAGGGAACGUCUCCGAAUGCCGAUGAGUACUGCAGUCUAGUGACGAAUACACUGAGCUGUGGACUGUUUGUAAAUCUCAUUGACUUUAUGAAGAUUUUCUUCUGCAAAUUCAAGCUGUCCGUUUUGCCAGUUUAUGGGUUAUGCAAUGUAUUCAUGUUGGUGGGACUGUUCAGUCUGCUGCAUAUGAUGACCAAGUACUUCUUCUUUCCGAAUCUAGUAACGCUCAUUGAGUUCGCUCCAAUGACCCAGUUCGGCUUCUCCUACCUGUUCUUUGCACCGUGUCUAUUGAUGCCCUAUUACACGAGUGCCUGGCCGACUUGCAGUGUUAAAGUGGAGAAACUGAGUCGUUUGCAGUUUGCCAAAUUGAUUGGGGACGCUAUGAGGCACUUUUUGACUGGGAUUAUGGUGCUGUGCGUGCGAGGAUAUAAGGUUGAAGGAGUUACCUUGUGGUCCUGCAUAAUAUUUAUGAUGCUGGGAAUACUCUAUCUGACGCUUGUGAGCAAUCGAAAACACCAUAUCCACGCCGAUAAUAUGGAGUCAAGUAAACACCUAGUUCUUCUGGAGCUCAGAGUGCUUGCAUUCAUAUUGAUAUUUUGCAUUGUCCUAAUUACGAUCCUGGCGGUGUCUUAUUCCACUUUUGCAAGAAAUAAGCUACCGAAGAAGGAAAAACAUGGGAGCUUUUCCGAUAUGGAAAGCGAUGAUGAGAUCCUGGGCAGCUAUCCGAAGCAAAGAAUCUAUUCUAGGCGUCACAUUUGGUUGCAGACAGUGAAUGGAAACAGGAUUAUGAGGGAUAGCCAUGUGGUAUACAGGUUCUUAAUGGUACCAAUCUUUUUCGUCUUAGCCCACUUUAUUCCGGUCAUAUCGAAGGAUCGCUACCUGAUUGGAUGGGUCAAGUACAUCAACUGCCUCUGUUUUCUGGCCCUGCCAGUGCUGUGCCUUUUCCAUCAGUUCGAUGCAGUUCAAUUCAUCGUCGUGGCCAUUGUUUGCUGGACAUCCUCUCUGCUGGUCUACAUCUCCACGCACUCGAUGAGGCGGCCCGACCAUGUGUGGCUCUAUUCUCUGCUGGGACUGGCCAUGAGCUCCGUGGCAAUGUGUGUGCUGUGUCGCGAGAUAGAGAACCUCACCUGGCAGUACAUCGGUCUGCGAUUCGAUCUGCUGCCCGAUCUCAACGCCCUGAUGUACUUCGGACUGGGUGAGAUGUUCAGUGAGGCUAUUUUGAUCAAGGGUCUGCAGCUGAGGAAAAUGUGGGACGCCAGCUUCGGGGCCGUGAUGAGCAUGACGACGUAUGGCGUCUUUUUGGCCUUUCCGCUUCUGUACUACCACGACUGCUACAAUUCCAAUUCCAAAAUAAUUGCCACGGCUUCAACAGAAACCUGUAUGCUAUUUAUGCUCCUCAUUCUGACCACUAGUUUGCUCCACAUUUCCAUGAGUGGUUAUGAGCUUCGCACAUCGCUUUUUGUCUACCUGAUGGCAGAGGCUUCAGUAUAUGUGAUAUUCCAGUGGAUGACGCAUCAUACUUCGGUGUAUCCACUAACCUUUUUGCAUAAUUUGAAGUGAUGUUAUUAAUAAUAUAUAUUUUUGUAAUAAAGUAGGUUUCUUAUGUGAGAAGCAAAGACUUGGUACUACUUAUAAAAGGA